AUGGCGGCGCGGUGCUGGUGGCGGGUCGCGGCCCGGGCUGGGGCUCGGCCGUGUGGGGCGGCGCUGCCCCCGGCCCGUGGGGACAGCGGGGCCGCGCCGGCCGCCGCCGGGAUCCCCCCGCAGAGCACGGAGCAGCGCCCGGGCAGCGGCACCGCGGGCUCUGGUCCCCAGCAGGUUCCUUCAGAGAAAUCGGAAUCCUUUGCAUCCAUGUUGAGAAGUUCUCCUUUAAUUCAGAUGGGGCCUGCCAAAGAUAAAAUUGCCAUUGGUCAAAUAUUCCAUAUUGUAGGAGAUGACCUUUACAUAGAUUUUGGUGGCAAGUUUCACUGUGUGUGCAAAAGACCAGAAGUUGAUGGCAAAGGAAAUGAAGUCCUGAAGAAGAAAGUGUCUCUCUUACAUCUCCAAAUGAACAACAACUUAAUCCAUGGCAAAAAGGUGCUGUUACAACCUGCUUCUGCCAUUAUCAGAUGGAAUUCCUAAGAAGCAGAAAAUAUGGGAAGAGGUUGUGCUGACACUGCCUCUUGCAUGGUCUGCACCUGUACUCUUAAUGACCAAUUCCCAUCAAAAGCGCAAUGGCUUUCAGCGAUUUUCUAAAAUGUAGGAUUGCAGGACCAGCUUCCAAAGCGGAUUAAACUGCUCCUCUCCAUGCCAGUGUAAUGAAGCUUUAUUUUCAAAGACUGCUGUAACCCUCCAGCAACUCCAGUAUUAUCAGGCUGUAGGAUCAGAAAGAUACUUCCUUUAUGCUUGAGUAUGCAGCUGGUGCAGGGAUUUCCAGUAUAUCCUGUGGCAAUUUUACUUGACACCUUUUAUACAGUGUGUAUUUGCCAAACUUAAAUAGUAGAGAAGGGCAGAAAUCAUUUGAUGCCGGUUGUGAUUUAGAACAUGACAGCUUAAUGAGCAUCAUAAAAUAUUACCUAAUGCUGUUUCUGCAAAUUGUAUCAAAAUAUUUACUCUGGAUGACUGCCAAGGUGAAUUUUAUUUGGGAAACAUUUUAAAUUCCUCUCUUUGUUCUAUUUUUAAAAUAUUUUGUAGAUAAGGGCAGAAGGGAAUCCAAUUUAAAAUAAUAUAUCUUUUUAGAUUAGGUAAUAUGAAUAAGGCUUGUUGUUUUCCAGCAUAUUCACUUUAUUAAGAGUCUUAAAUUUAAGUUGAUACUGACAUAAAAGUACUUGUAAGACUAAAAAAAAAUCAAUUAAAAAAAAGAGGUCCGUGUAGAGAAAUGCUUUUCAGGGGGAAAGAUUUCAAUAAGACACCAUUUGGUUUAGUUCCAGUUUUUGUAGUAAACAAAGUCACUGCGUGUUAAGCUGGAGGGUGAGUUUGGAGUUAACUACUCCAUUUUGAUGCCAUGUUAAUAUGCUUCUUUAACACUGAGUGCAUCCCAACCAGACUGAGCUGCCUCACACCAAGCAUCUUGCUCUGGAUGUGUGGCAAAGAUACCUGCACAAGGGAAGGUGUCGGUGUGGUAAAUUCACUCUUUGCUCGCUGAACCCUUGUUUCCCUGACUGUUACGUAUGUAAUGGUGCAAGAUUACUAUGGAAGGGUUUAGAGAGGUGAUGUUGAAGACAUAACCUUUCUAACUUUCCUUCAAAAUGAAACAGAGACCACAUAACUGGCAGUGGGGGGGCUGGACUGAUAGAGAGACCCAGCACCCAGCUCCCAUCCCCAAGGCCUUUGCUCUUUCUUUGCCAGAGGAAUCACAGGCAUCAAAUUCAUGUUUAACCUGAUGUCUGUGACUAACUAGGAACAAAAUCUCUGAGAGGCAGUAUAGGCCACUACAGGAUACAUAUCUGGUGGUAGUGGAGAGACUUAAUGAUGGUUUCCUUAGAGUAUGUAUUUCUUCCCUGUCCUGUACUGCUGCUGACUGCAGUGGUGCUGCUCUGGCAGCCUGGCACAUCCUAUAGCUUUCAUGUCAAGCUUUGAAUGUUGGUGGAACUAUUACUGCUAAAAAAAAAAGAGGUAAUGUGAUAUAUAAAGGAAACAUAUCUUGCUGCAGUAGUGCUGGUUUUAGUUGUACAUGUUUGUUUUUACAGUGAUCUAUUUCCUUCUUGCUGCCUAUUGCCAGCAAAAUAGCAUUUAUCUGUAAUAUGUAAUUCUUGAGCGGAAACAAGGUAAUUGCUAACCAGCAGUACAAGGGAUACAAUAAAUGGUGCUCUUGCAAGU